AUUUUUAAUACUUAUUCAUAUAUACUUUUUUUUGUAAUUUAUUGUUUUAGUUUUCCUACUGGGGCAGAGUGGGAGAGAAAAAAUAUUUAUGAUAUAUAUCAAAGCAUAAUUUCCAUCCCCCAUCAUCUUCACUAGUUUUCAUACAUAUAAAGUACAGACAUACAGACAGACAAGCGGUCAACCGAGUCCCGUAUACCUUCGUUUUUUGUUCUUCGUUCUUCGUUUCAUUUUUAUUUUUUGCGCUUUGAGCCUUUCUUAUUAUUUUCAUUUUCAUUUUCAUUCUUUUAUGUGGAACGAGGACUUUGGUAGAAGACUGCGCUCGGCGCCGCUCCACAGCACAUCUUUAAGCGAGACAGCAUUGCAGCAUGCGGAAGACACAGCAGUAAAAGAAACACAUGUUCCACAAACACAAACACAAGCACAGGCGCUAGGCCAGCAAAGCAGUAAGCGCCGCACAAGAGUAUCAUCCAGAACCAUAGCACCUUUGCAAAGCAGACCGCGGAGAAGCAGAAGCAGCAGCAGCAGCCACAGCCGCAGCCGCAGUCGGGCAACAAUUCUUUUACCAACCAAGAAAACACAGUCUCUGGACUCGAUUCCCACAGAAAUCAAAGGCGCAGUGACACGGUCAAUGGCGCGCAAGCUCGAACAGCAAGAAACUAGCGCGGCGACUAAGCCUCAGCAGCCGCCAGAAGAACCGACUUUGCAGCAGCCAGAAUCCCACGAUCCAGAAGAGGACAUGCCCAGAUCACUGGCGAGUUACAUGCGGCGGUCAUCGCAGUUCAACUACGACCGGUUCAUUCCAACACACACAUCGGAUCUGCGCCCGUUUGAGCAUAAGCUGCCCACCGCGUCUCCUGCUUUCUCCCGCGCGCCCAUAACAGCCCACCCAAACUCUGCCCAAAUCAACGAGGCCAACCGCACAUACGACGCGCUUUUGCGCUCCGAGCUGCUAAACGACCGCUCAUCGCACUCAGACUUCAACGCUGCACAACGAAUGCGCGCCAGCAGCCCGCCACCAUCGAGACGCCCGACGUCAAGACGUGAUCUCAUUGGGUUGUCGCCAAGACUAUUGCCCUCAUUGGUGCCGUGGAGCGGCGGCACAUCGGGUGGAAGCAGCAGUCGGCCGGGGACGCCGCCCAGCAGCCCGCCUAUUUUUGCAUUUCGGUCGCCGCGCAAGACCGCAUUGGCAUCCACCGGCACGCCAACAACAGGGCGUAUUUUCGCACACGCGUCGUCCGCCCACGACGUCUACCGAUUGAGCAGCGUGAGCUCUGCGGCGCAGCGCAUCCUCAAGCAGCAGCCGAAGCCGCGCAUAAUCAGUCCGGAUCCAAUCAAGGUCCUAGAUGCGUCGGGGAUCAGCGACGACUUUUACCUUAAUCUAAUCGACUGGUCGGCAUCCGAUUACUUGGCCGUGGCCCUAGGCAGCGCCGUGGUCAUUUGGGACGCGCGCACCAGCAAUACCAAGCACCUCUGCGACACUGGAAUUGACACCGUGACCUCUGUACGCUGGGGCGACAAUGGCCGGCAACUGGCCAUUGGACUGCACUCCGGCAUUGUCCAGCUCUGGGACCCGACAAGCGCCCAGCUUCUCCGCACCUUUACUACCCACUCGCGCCGCGUUGGCACCCUUGACUGGAACGGCCCCGUGGUGAGCUCCGGCAGCCGCGACCGACGCAUACACAACCAUGAUUCACGCAUGCGCCAGGGCGCCCUUGUGUCCACGUACCACGGCCACACGGCGGAGGUCUGCGGGCUGCGCUGGAGCCCCCAUUGCAGCAGGCAGUUGGCGAGCGGCGGAAAUGACAAUUUGGUGCUUUUGUGGGAUACCAGGUAUACGCCCUUGGACGUGCGCGUGCACGCGAGGCAUCCUGAGAUAGCACCUGUCGCGGAGGUGUUCCGUCAGCCGUUGUUCCGCCUGGACGCGCACACAGCGGCAGUCAAGGCCCUGGCAUGGUCACCAACGCAGCCCGGCCUGCUGGCCAGCGGUGGCGGUACCAGCGACUGCUGCAUCCGCAUGUGGAACACCACAACGGGCACCCCCGUGUCUUCGCACAAGACAGACUCACAGGUGUGCAAUUUAUGCUGGGCACCCGAUGGAUCAGAGCUCAUCAGCACCCAUGGGUAUGUGAACAACCACGUUGUUGUUUGGAGGUACCCGCAGAUGGCGCCCUUGGCUGUGCUAUCUGGUCAUAGUAAGCGUGCUGUGUAUUUGGCACAAAGCCCAAAUGGCCAAACUAUUGCUACGGCGUCUGGGGAUGAGACUAUUCGCUUUUGGAAUGUGUUCCCAAAAACAAAACCUGAGGCGCGUGUUUCAAAGACAGAUGCUACCAGAGUGCUUGCGAAUUUGCCUACUGGUAUUACCCGCGGAUUGGCGCUCACUGUUAGUGGAGGAGCGCUGGACGAUCUAGCACACAUGCGGUAGAUUUUUCAUUAUGUUUUCAAGCUAAUUGGUGUGGCAUUCAGAAUACAUUAAAUUAUUUAUACAUAUUGGUUAUAACAGUGGAAGUGUUUUUUCUUCCUGUUCUGUCGCGAAGCAGUCAGCAAAUGUGGUG